AUGCUGGAGGAUUCAACAACUUCAACAAUUGGAGAAAUCAGCAGCAGCAUAACUGGAACAAUGCACCACAACAAGGGAGCUAUCAAGAGGCCUACUCAACCCCCAGGAUUUCACAGACAAGAUGGCCAGCCUCCCAACUAUCAGAAUCAGCAACGUUCUAACCAGCAAUACAUACCAACGGAAGAUGAAUGGAUUUUUGUGCAAAAUGCAAUCAAGAAUUUAGCGGUGUCUUGCAAAAGUUUGGAAAAUCAGUUGGCCCAGAUUGUAAAACAAAAUGCUGAAAGACCAUCUGGAAGCCUGCCCAGUGAUACAGUUGUAAACCCCAAAGGGAAUGACCAAGAGCAAGCAAAGGCUGUCACUCUCAGAAGUGGAAAGCAACUCAAUCAGCCAAGUGAAAAAGUCACUCCCCUGAGUGACCCUGCAGGUAAGAAUGAAAUAUUUUCUGAGAAAGUAUCUGAUAAUGAUGAUGUGGUUGAACAGGAGCAAGCAGCUGGAAAACCUGGAAUGGAGGAAACUCAAUUCCCAGCAUCAAAUAAGGAACCACAACAGCCAACUCCAAUUCCACCAAAUCCGGAACAUAGAGGAAUUUUUCAUCCCAACUUGAUUUCAGAAAAUGCAGAAAUGGCAGACACUCAGCACAUACGGCGAAAAAUCAUUACCGAAAGGGGAAUCAGUGAAGACGGCGUAGCUUUCACCUAUAUCAAGCACCAUGGCUGGGAGACCUUCUCCAACCCACUUGUCAAGCCUAGGAUGCAAAUUGUGCAAGAAUUCUAUGGCAACUUCCACACUGCCCCCAGAGACGGAGUAUUUGUCAGAGGCAUCACCGUCAAUUGCAGCACAGAAGCUAUUAGGGCCAUCUGGAAACUGUCAAGAGUCAGCACCGAUUACAGAGACACUAUCGCUGCCCUGCAUCCGAAUCAACCACUGGAACAAGCCGUUCUAUCUAGAUUGGCAAAAGAAGGCACAAGCUGGGAGAUGGAUGAUCAAGAAAACUCUCUGGGAUUUCUAACAAACGUGUUGCAGACGCCUGAUCUGAAUUUGUGGCACCAUUUCAUCUGCUGCAAUCUGAUGCCAACAUCCUACACUACUAAGGUCACCUAUGAGAUGGCUCUGCUACUGUAUGCCAUUGUCACGGACACACCAUUUGAUGCAGCCUCAGUCAUCAGAGAUCAACUCACCAGAUGCAUCACUGAUCCAAAGUGUCACAUGCCUGAGAGAGAAUCCUCACUCAGGGGAGUAAGUCAGUCUUCAGUCAUUUUGACAAUGUUGUUUUCCCCUGUUUCUUAUGUGCAAUUCUGUUUUAAGGCAGGAGGAACUAUUGAUGGAGUUGAAAAUGAGGCUAAUGGAGUUCUUGCUUCAAUUCUCAAAGUUCUUCAAAAAAUUCAUUGUAAUUUUUACGAUACCGAUGAUUGGGAUACUCUAUUGAAUAGUGAUGUGACGUGGGUUUUGCAAGAAGUUAGAAAGGAAGUUUUGAAAGCUUGCAAGAUUGUCUCCGGUGGGGUGUUAAAGCCGGGUUCUAAGCCUGAAAAGCAACAUUACUGGAAAUUGAAAGAGCAAUUGAGGGCUAUAUGUGCUACAAAAUGUGGCCCCUCGGUAACCCAUGUGAUUUCUUUGGAUUCUACAUCAGAUCACUCCAGUUGGGCAAUCCAAGAGAAGAGAUUUUUGGAUAAUCCAGAUUGGAUUGAUGCUUCCCGCUACUUGUGGCAAAGGCAAGCUGAAGAAAAAUUCUCUGAUAAGGCUGCUACUGUUGCUAUUGAUAAUGACCCGAAGAUCGCCCCGAUAACAAUUUAUUCGGUUGAGUUUUGUUGA